AGGACGCAACCAAAUGUGAUGACAGGCAGUCAGCAAUCUUUCGACCUCAGGACCAAUGGGGUUUGCUGUCUUCCAUCUGGAAACCCACUGUUUAAAGUUACGAUUGGUCAGGACAAGGUGCUGGAUCCGAGCCGCAUUCCCCUUUUACAUCCGGGCCGUUUGCUGGUGAUAGGUGGAAGUGGAGGCAGGCCGCACUUCCGGUGACGAGGAGCACGCUAUUGACGUCACUGCCGGUCCCCCUCCCCCCACCCCGCCCUCCCGGGAAUUUCCAGGCUCUAAUCCCUGGGUCAUGUGUCAAUCAAACCAGCAGCAGCAGCAGCAGCCGGCGGCGGUGAAGGGAGGGAAAUGGUUGCAUUUCCCCCAGUUGGCUUUGCGACGCAGGUUAGGCCAGCUGAGCUGUAUGUCCAAGCCUGCACUCAAGCUCCGUUCCUGGCCUCUGUCUUUUCUCUAUUUCUUCCUGCCAUUUAGUGUCCUUAAGCCUCUUACUAAAGUAGGAUGGCGGCCAACAAGCAGGGUUGGCUUGUAUAAAACUAUUCCCACCCGACUGCUGUCUCGUGCAUGGGGUCGCCUGAAUCAGGUGGAGCUGCCCACCUGGAUGCGGAAGCCAGUCUAUAAUUUGUACAUAUGGACGUUUGGAGUUAAUAUGAAGGAAGCAGCAGUGGAAGAUUUGCAGCAUUACCGAAAUCUCAGUGAAUUCUUUCGCAGAAAGCUAAAGCCACAGGCACGUCCUGUCAGCGACUCUCAUUGUGUGAUCAGUCCUUCUGAUGGAAAGAUCUUACAUUUUGGGAGAGUGAAGAACUGUGAGGUGGAGCAAGUGAAGGGUGUGACUUACUCACUGGAGACUUUCCUGGGCCCACAGACCUGGUCAGAGCACCUUGAGAUCAGCAACAAUAAAAGUGAGACAACUUUCCAGGACCACCUGGUGACAAGGGAGGGCAAUGACCUAUAUCACUGUGUUAUUUAUUUGGCACCUGGAGAUUAUCACUGUUUUCAUUCACCAGCUGAUUGGAGAGUUGCACACAGGCGCCAUUUUCCAGGCUCCCUUAUGUCGGUUAAUCCUGGUGUAGCACGUUGGAUUAAGGAGCUCUUCUGUCACAAUGAGCGUGUUGUCCUAGCUGGAGAAUGGACACACGGCUUCUUCUCACUCACUGCAGUCGGUGCCACAAAUGUUGGAUCUAUUCGCAUUUACUUUGACAAUGACCUGCACACCAACAGUCCCCGCUACAUGAAGGGUUCUUACAAUGACUUCAGCUUUGUUACAAACAACAACAAAGAAGGGAUUACCAUGCGAAAGGGCGAGCACCUGGGCGAGUUCAACUUGGGCUCCACCAUUGUUCUCAUCUUCGAGGCACCAAAAGACUUCACCUUUAACCUUAAACCUGGACAGAAGAUCAGGUUUGGCGAGGCCCUGGGGUCCAUCUAAUAGAAUUAUCAUCGAUGGCAUCUCAAAUUGGAUGGGAGCAACGAGGAGUGAGUUUGGACUAAGGAAUAGUGAAAAAUGGCCAUUACUGAAUGUGGUUUUAAUUCUUGUUGCUGCUCCUCCUCUCGUCAUUACUGCAGAAGCAUCUCCCAUUGCCUCCAUAUAAGGGACCAGCUCUACCACUACUGGCACUAUGGAUUCUCUUGAAAGAUGUACUGACCUGACUCAGUUGCUCCUUUAUAAAGGAAGCUGAUGGGAGGAUAGGACUUUCAGAGCAUGUGCAGUGCCAUACCCUCUCCAUGCAAAGGGAGAACCUGGCAGGUCACCAGGGUUAACAGGACUUUGAAAGAUGGGCUGAAUUUGAGAGCCCUGGUCUAAAUGGGAGUGGCAGGGGAUUCCGAUAAACUUUUGCAGGAGCUGGUGAUGCUUGAAUAUUUGCUGAGUAGCUCCAUGCAGGUGAACCAGUGGGUCAUUCUAACUUUUAGUUAAUGCAGUAUUUUUAUAUACUAAAAAAAAAAAAUCAAUGCAGUUUCUCAUCAAAUUACAUUUCAGAGAAAAUAAAUUUAAUGACUAUACCAAAACUUACUGCAGCUGAUUGCUGAUUUUUGGUUAAUGUGGGUGUGUUUUUCUAGAAUCAAGGGGUGAAAUGCUAAAACUUGGCUGUUCCGUUUUGGUUUAAGCUUUAACUCAGACAUUGAUUCUCUUCAGCUGUUUUAGUGAACAAGUGAGGGAAAGGGAAAUAAAGUUUGGUGCAAGAUGUAAAAACAGGUCACCUGAUAUUGUAUAGAAGUGGAUACUGAAUGGGUUUUGACAACAUCUAAAUGAUGCAAACGAGUUUAUAUUUUUUACAAGUUCACUGUUGAUUCUGUAAUUAUGUCUAUGCAAUGGAAAAGUCUAAGGAACCUUAUUUCCUACACUGUCCAUUACUUGAUACAUAUCAUGUACAAGAGCCAUGAGGGGGGUAACUGGAGAGGUGGUUGGUGGUCACACAGACAAAUGCUUAUUUUGUUGAUAAUUUAUUCAAGCACUUUGUUCCACAGCAACGCACUACCAAGCUCACAGUUGAUGAGCAGCGGCCACUGGUUCACGAUGCCUGUUGGGUUCUGUGACUUUCUCUUCACCCACCAUGUGUUCUGAGGAUCUCUGUCCAUUUAUCUGUUAAAGUCCUAAAGCAGUAGCCAUAACAAACUCUGAAAUCUCUUUUUGGAACCUGAGACCACUUUCCUGAUUUUCUUUCACAGAUUAUGUGUGUGUGUGUCUGUGUGUGAAAGAGAGAGAGAGAGAAAGGAGGUAUCACUUAUCUGCAGCAUUAUGACGAGGAACAAGGUUUUUAAUUUAAUUGUGCCAGUCAGUCAUAUUUUUGUGAUCUGUUUCUUUUGUGUGGUUGCAUCAAGAGUACCUGGUUCAAAGUGUUUAUUAUUCACUGCAGUUUGAUUUUCAUGUGGAGCAGUGAAAGCUGCCACAGUGGCCAAUGAAAAAAAUAAAAUAAAAUUCUAGUAUUUCACAAGAA